UGUCUGUUUCAUCUUUGCUUCCUCUGUCAAUUACUCAAUUGUUGUCUGGUCCGUUGUCGGUCUUCUCUCUUUCACUCUUCUAUUAAUUUUGUGUCAAAAAGAAUCUUUUGGUGUUCUUAUCGAAUUGUUUUACAGAUUUUUUUGGUGGGUUUAGCUUGUUUUGUGUGUUUAUUAUGUACUCCGUAUAUCUUUAAUUUGAUUUAACACUUUUGAUCACUUUAAUUUGUUCAUACCCAUCAAGAGAAUAAGUUCUUAUUCAGAGUGGGUUUUCACUCUCACAGUUUCUCUCUCUCGGAUUACAUCAUUUGCUGUUGUUUUGGGUGGAUCAUAUCAGUCAGUGAUUCUUCUUUGAUUCUUUCGGACUGUAGGGAUAUACAGAGAAGCUGUUGAUCGAGGAAAUUCCAGAUUGAUUGGAUCACUAACUUAGGUUCUUCUAUCAAUAGAAGCAUUAAGUAUUACACCCUUCUUAUAGCCCAUUGUCACACUUCCUUCGAGAUGAAUUGCCAAUAUGGAGAAAAUCACGAUGAAUUGACUGUGGUGGGGUUUGAAGUUCCGAGAUCCCCGGAUUCAAGCUACAACAAUGUGUACCGCGGGAACGAAGACGAGGGGCGGGACCCACCUUUAUUCCCUCCGCAUCUCCACCAGACCGUCCUGAACGACCCGACAAAAGGUGAUCAAUCCUCUCCUCCACUCCCUUCGCCGCAGAAUGUGGUCCUAAACCACCUUUACAUUGAGAACAACAACAGAGAGACACCAAGAACCGUUGUGGCCCUAGGUUCAACCCACCGGUUCCGCUCAAAAUACGUCACCGUUGUGCUUUACAAACCAGUCCCGAGAAGGGUAGGCGGCGGCGCCGCUGCCUAAAAUGCUGUUUUAUAAUUUAACAUUUUUUUAGAUUGCACAAUUCCAUCUUUAGUUUUUGUGUAUAUAUUCAUUUUAACUUUGAUAAGUUUUUUUUUUGUAUGUCGUAUUUGGAGAUUUGCUAGAUUCACCAAUGGUACAUCUAUUAUGGUUGCACACCACAUUCUCUUUUGAAAUCUUUUUCUUUACUAUUCACAUGAUUAAAUUAUGCUUUCUAUG